AUGACAAUACCGGAGCUCGACAAAAAGGCUCGGAUCGAGUCUCAAAAACUGACCCUUGGUAUGAUGUCAAUUUUAUGCGAAGCAUGGGGUAUCCUGCACACUGUUCUCGCCAUAUCAAAUGACGAAAUCGGAAAAAUUUUUGCUGGAUGGAACUCAAAAGACGAACUUGUUAAUAAUUUUCUCAUUCGAAUUGCCGCCGAUAUCUGUACACGUCACUAUAAAGAAGGUGAAGGUAGUCAGAAGCAUAUUUUGGAUGAUGUUGAAGAUAAAGUCGUUCAAGAUGCUGACGAUACAGAAGGAACUGGUGUUUGGAGUGCUAAAGAAGCUGCUACACAACAUGUUUCAGCUCCAACUAUUGUUACUGCUCAUCUCUUUCGAAUUGCAUCGUCAAAUCGUCUGGAUCGUAUUAAAUUUGAAAAAAUUGUUUCACUGGAAAAACCACAGAAAUCAGCUGAAUUAAUUUCAAAAAAGGAUGGAUUUGUUGAAAAAUUAAGAAAAGCAGUUUAUGUGUCAAUGUUAGCUUCGUUUGCUCAAGGUUUAAAUAUAAUUGCAACGGCAAGUGAAAAAGAAAAAUGGAAUGUUAAAAUAAGCGAAUGUCUACGAAUUUGGCGAAAGGGAUGUAUUAUUCAAAGUGAUUAUAUUGUUAAUUUACUUCAGCCAAUUUAUGAAAAUUCAAAAGAACCAAUUAAAAAUAUAUUAUAUCAAGAAAAAUAUGCACAUGAAGUUCAUGCUAAUUAUUCAUCAUUAAAACAUGUAACAAUCAAAGCUUUGGAAGCCGGUGCCAAUAUUCCAGCCAUGUCAGCCAGUCUUGAAUAUUUUAAAUAUUGUUCGAAUUCAAAUCUGUCUACAGCAUUUAUGGAAGCUGAAUUAGAUUAUUUCGGUUCACAUAACUACGAUUUGAAAAGUGAACAUUCAAUGGAAGUUAAAAAAGGAAAACAUCAUUAUGAAUGGAAACCAGCCUAA